GCACCCGCGCCGGGACCGCCCGCAAAGCGGACGAAUCCCCUGCUCCCGACCCCUGGCCAAGAGGACCCAGGUGGAAGGUCAGCAGAUUGCCCGGGGCGUGAAGGGGGAGCCAGGUGCUUUCGGUAUCGCGCCUCUCUCGCGUCUCGUGAUCGCGCGGAGCGGAAAUAGGGACCUGAGGCCCGGGGACACCGUGAACAGCCCACCUCUACUGCCCACCUCUGCUGCCCAGCCCCUUGGAACACUUAUUCUGUGCCAUGGAAUGCAGCAUUGCCUGGUUCUAGAAUGGAAAAUAAAGCCGGUUGACAUCUUCACACUGUACUAGUUUUGCCCUUCGCCACUCUGGAUGUAACGAUGACAGUUACACAGCAUUUAGUAGAGUAGCUUCGUUGGAGAGCUGGAUCCUGGAACCAACAAUGCUGCCCAAACCUGGGAUCUAUUACUUCCCCUGGGAGGUCAGUGCUGGCCAGGUUCCUGAUGGGGGCACCCUGAGAACAUUUGGCAGGUUGUGCCUCUAUGACGUGACCCAGUCCAGGGUGACCCUGAGGGCUCAGCACGGAUCUGAUCAGCACCAGGUUCUUGUCUGUACCAAGUUGGUGGAGCCGUUCCAGGCCCAGGUGGGCUCCUUGUACGUGGUCCUUGGGGAGCUCGAGCAAGAGGACGAUGGCGGUUACGUGGUGAAGGCCCGGCUGCUGACCUGUGUGGAAGGGAUAAAUCUGCCUUCCUUAGAACAAGCCAUCCUGGAGCAGCGGCUGUACCAGCAAGAGAGAGGCAGCAGCCAAUAGGAAGUGAGGACGCCAGCAGCCCCUCACCUACUCCUGAGGCCAAACCUUUGAGCUGCUAGAGCCACUGCAGAAGUGUAGACGCUUCCCUGAAUGACAGCGUCUGACUGGAGCCAGAGAGUAGAGGGGCAGGGUGGCCAAUCCAGCCUCUUCCUCUAUGUUGGGAUUGUUCCAGAAAUGAGAGCCUAGGAGCAGGUGUCAAGGUCUGACACCCCUACCCUCUAGGAGGCUCCAGACAGUGGAGCUCCAAGGCCCUGGGGCUAUGCCUCCUGUGGGGUCACAGAAGGUUCCAGAAGAUCCUCCUGAAUAAAGGCCCAGUGGGCAUGACCUCUC